AUGGCUAAUGGAAAUGAAAGACUUUCUGCGAAUUAUAAUGCAGAAAUUGAGAAUACGAACAAUGGAUCUUUAGCGAUUCGUCUUCCUCUUCUCAAUGGAGAAGAAUUUGAACAUAUUCCAGUAGUUUCAUUAGAAAUUGCUGUUGAACCUCUCGUUCGUUUCAUCCCGAAUAUUAUCGAUCGAGCACAUUUUGCCAAAGAAAUGUGCUUAAAUUUCCCGAAUGAUGGACUUACAAAGGAUGAAUCGGCAUCGAUAUAUUUAUAUACGAUGUCAUGGAAUCCCACAAACACUUACCAUGAUAAUCGUCAAGUUCUUUUUCGUGGUGUGAAAAUGAACUUCAAUGGAAAUUAUAAGAAGGAUGAAGUGAUCGCUUGGUGGGCAUUUUCGUCAACUACGUAUUCAGUUGAUGUUUCAUGUUCAGAGACAUUUCUGGGAACUAAUGGUGAACGAACAUUAUUUGCUAUUAGAAAUAUUUGGGGAAAAAACAUUCGAAAUUAUUCGAAUUAUCCACAUGAGAACGAAGUUCUCAUCUUUCCUGGGACAUAUUUUAAAGUACUUUCAGAAAUAUACGUAGAACGCGACCUCCGACUAAUUCUGUUGGAAGAGGUUGAACCACUUGGUCGUUAUUUACAUUUACGAAUCUUCCCGAAUGAAUUAAAACAAUUGAUUUUGGAUAAAAGUAAAAAUCGAAUGCCAAGUGAUGAAGAAGCUGAAAAGAAUGAACAAAUAGAGAAUGAAAAACUCUUCGAAACUUUAGUUCCUCAACAACAAAGAACAAAUACUGUUCAACGAUUUCUCAAACGAUUUAUGACAACUAUAAAUCAAUUUUUUAUUCCAACUCGACCAAAACAAUCAAAUAUGAUCACAACUGAUAUGUUGAACAGUUUCCUCCAACGUGGACAGAAAUCCACGAGAAGUUGUGGAGGUCCAGCAUGUUCUUAUUGUGGAAAAUGUACAGAUUGGCAUUAUAAUGGAAAUAUUUGCGAAGAUUAUGACCAAUUAUUGCGUCAUAAAUCUCAAAAUAUUCUCCAUCGUCAUCGUUGGUAUGUUUAUCCACAUGCGACAUGUACUGAAGAUCUCGUUGAUAUUAACGAGGAGAAUGAUGAUGAACAUAUCAUAUGUCUUCAAAACAAUCACAUUGACAGCUUUAUUCGGCAUGUCUGUCAAUGUGAUCAUUGA